UAUCAGUUAAUUAAGCGGUGUGUUUGAUUUUCUAAUCUCUUUUAUGUCUGAAAUCUCGCUUCUUUAUUUUGUCAUAUUGUUUAUGAAUUAAAUUACAUGGUUUGGAGGAGUGUUAAUUGUUGAAUGGAUUUAUAACCCCUUUUUCUUAGUUACAGGAGGUGAUUUGUAUUGAAUUAAUAGAAUAAACAGUAAUGGGUGAGAGUGGGAAGCGAUAUCGUCCCCGGAGAGAUUAUGAUGGGGAUAGCAAGAAUCAGAAGAGACGCCUAAAUGAUAAAGAUGAAAAGGGUAGUGAUGAUUUGGUUGUUUAUAGAAUACUUUGCCCAGAUGUUGUUAUUGGAAGUGUUAUUGGUAAAAGUGGUAAAGUUAUAAAUUCAAUUAGGCAAGAAACAAGAGCAAGGGUGAAGGUUGUGGACCCUUUUCCAGGUGCUAAGGAUAGGGUAAUAAUAAUUUAUUGCCAUGUUAAAGAUAAGGAGGAUGUUGAAGUUGAUGAUGAGUUAAAUGAUAAACAGCCUUUGUGUGCUGCCCAAGACGCUCUUCUCAGAGUUCAUGCUGCAAUUUCUAAUGCACUGGCUAAUGCCACUGAUACUGAUAAGAAAAGGAAAGAUAAGGAGGAAUGUCAAAUACUUGUUCCAUCUAGCCAAUCAGCAAAUAUCAUUGGUAAGGCUGGGACGACUAUAAAGAAAUUGAGGAGUAAAACAAGGACCAACAUUAAGGUUACUGCCAAGGAUGCUGCAGACCCGACUCAUUCAUGUGCCAUGGAUUUUGACAAUUUUGUUCUGAUAAGUGGUGAAUCAGAAGCUGUGAAGAAAGCAUUAUUUGCAGUUUCUGCAAUAAUGUACAAGUUUUCUCCUAGGGAAGAGAUUCCUCUUGAAACAACCGUGGCAGAAGCUCCUCCAAGCAUUAUCAUUCCAUCAGAUGUCCCUAUUUAUCCACCAGGUGGAUUGUAUCCAAAUGCAGAUCCUAUUCUCCCUCCUAGAUCCGUUCCUUCUAUCCUAGGUGGUACACAUGUACCAGAUCUUCAGGGUUAUGCUGAUUCAGGGAAUACAUGGCCUGUAUAUUCAGCAGCCCUUCCUGUAAUUUCUGGUCUUGGUGGUGCCUCUCGAUCUGAGGAGUUAGUCAUAAGAGUUUUGUGUCCCUUUAACAAGAUUGGCCGUGUCAUUGGGAAGGGAGGGGGUACCAUCAAAAGUAUAAGGCAGGGUAGUGGUGCUCAAAUUGAGGUUGAUGACACUAAGGACAAUCGUGAUGAAUGUAUCAUUACGGUCACUGCAAUUGAGUCACCUGAUGAUUUAAAAUCCAUGGCUGUUGAAGCUGUUCUCCUGCUGCAAGCAAAAAUAAAUGACGAAGAUGACGACACCGUUACUGUCCGAUUCCUUGUUUCUUCAAAAGUUAUUGGCUGUAUAAUUGGAAAGAGUGGUUCAAUAAUAAAUGAAAUUCGGAAGAGGACCAGAGCUGAUGUCCGAAUUUCCAAAGGGGAAAAACCUAAAUGUGCUGACGUAAAUGAUGAGCUUGUAGAGGUGGUUGGAGAAGUUAGUAGUGUGAGAGAUGCUCUUGUUCAGAUUGUUUUAAGACUUCGUGAUGAUGUCUUGAAAGACAGGGAUGCUGCUCGUAACCCUUCUGUCGGCUCUGAUUCUAUGUACUCAGGUGGCGCAGGGCUUUCGGUGCCUCCUCUCUUGUCAUCUGGUCCCCCAGUCACUCAAUUGGGUUAUGAUCAGAGGGCUGAAACUGGAAGUGGCCUAGGCAUGCUUUCCUCUAGCAGCCUCUAUGGAUAUGGAUCAUUGCCGAUUGGUGAGAGUACAUAUGGAUCCGUGUCCUCGUAUUCAUCCAAGCUUUAUGGAGGGUUGCCGCCUACCUCAGCUCUUGAGAUAUUGGUUCCUGCUAAUGCAGUGGGUAAAGUGAUGGGCAAAGGAGGGGCAAAUUUAGCUAACAUUCGGAAGAUAUCAGGAGCAAUGAUAGAAAUUUCUGAUUCCAAAUCUUCCCAUGGUGAUCGUGUUGCUCUAAUUUCUGGUAAUCCUGAGCAGAGACGUUCAGCUGAAAACUUGAUUCAGGCAUUUGUAAUGGCCACAUGAGUUGUGAAGAAACUUCUUGAUGUUUGAAGGUGAAUAGUUAGAGUUUUCGAAUUCUCCCUAAAUUUAUUUGCGCCCCAUAGUUCCUUUAGGUUUGAUCUGGGGAGGACGUCAUAUUCUAGGCUACUUCAACUGGACUCUUCCUGUUUCUUCCAUAACAGUGCCUAUCAAGAUCAUGCUGGAAGAUUCACUGCUGGUUUAAUAUAUCCAUAGGAGUUAGGUUCCUUCUCUGUUGCUUAAUCUAUUCUUCAUCUGCGGAAUCAUAGUACUUUUUAGGAUCUUUCUAUCCUUGCGUAAUAAUAGGUCUUAUCUUUGAGUAGUUGGGAGUCCAUCGUAUUUCCAGUUUUUUUAUACUCAAUAAAUUUGAUGUGUGCGCAAGGAAAUGUUUUUUCAACCAUAAUGUCAAACUCAUUAUAUUUGUGUGAUAUUUUCUGGUCAUUCAAUCUCUUGCCCUCAGCUUCUUGCGCAAAGGAUCUUUUUCCAUGAACUAGACAAAAUCUGAUGCUGUUGGUAAUUAAUCCUUUCACUCAGUAAUCUUCUUGCUCAUUUGUGCAGCAUUAAAGAAAGAGAUUUGACCCCUGGAAUUAAAUAAAUUUCCAACAACUCUAUGGAACAUUGAGUUUUUCCACCCGUUUCAUUAUUCUUAAUCUCUUUCAGUGUUCCUGGUUUACGAAUAGAUUGAUGCGCCAAUUAAAUCAUGAACUUGCUAUGUGAUUUCUGGGUUUUAAUUGCAUUCAAUACCCUUAUUAUCUUUUAUUUCCAUCAGUUUCACAUUGUAAUUCAGCUUCUCGCUGUCACUGAAAUCUAUUGGCAUUACACUUCUGAUUUUUCUCAAAAAACUUACCCCAUAAACUAAUUUUGAUUAUAUUUGCCAGUUUUUGGUUUAUGUGGAGUAAAAAAUAAGUAUAUGAUUUUUUGGGGCUAUUUUAAAAAAAAAAAAAAAAAAAAAAAUUCCUUUUUUCAUAUUUACAUUUGAAAUCCUCGCUUGGACUUUGCUAGCAAAAGUAGAAAGUAGGAAUUUGAAUUCACCAGUUAUGACCUCAGUCGCUUCUGUUUACUGGGUUAUCGCUUUACAGCUCUCUUUUAAGUAUCAGAACUCAAUUAAGCCUAGUGAUUUGAAACAGUAUUAAAAGUUAAUUAUCACAUUCUUGCUGUUUUCAUGUGCUGCAUAGAUAAUUUUGUGGAUAAUUAUUUUUGAGCUCUCCUUCCUGUCUCUGUUUCUAUUGAGAUUUUUCCUAUUCAAAUACUGUCCGAUUGGCUAUGAUUGAAUUAGUCAUAGCGUACAAAGUACACUUGAUUAAUUUAGCUCACAACAAAAGUAUCAUCAGAGUGGUAUAAUCUUGGCUUCAUUCAAUCUUUCUAUCUUCUAUGAUAUCUGUUUUUUAUUCAGACUCUUCGUAUUCGAAUACUCGGGCUGGCUAUGACCAUACUUGUCAUAGCACCCUAAUAAACUUAGUUAAAUUAUUACACCAGAAGCCUCAGAGCUGCAGAGCACUGGUGCAAUGCUUGCUUCAUUUAACUGUGCUAUCUCCCAUUUUCAUAUAAUGUUGUCUCACCGUCUCAUAUUUAACGGUGAAAAUUGGUCGUGUACAAUCAGACUAAAAUUUUUUUCCUGUGAUAAAGUUUGAUAUGUUCUUUUAUACUUUAUUGAUCAAAUUGGUUCAGCCAAUUCACAAGCUUGCUCCUUGCUGGUCCUUUUAUUCCUCUAUUAGGAUCUCUUUGGGUAGGGCAUAACUUUAGCGCAUCAGACUGUUUUACUUAAAUUUUGGUUAUAGUAUAGUUGUUUAUCAGGAUAUUAUAAAUGUUGCAUUCAUUUGCAACAGUUAUUUUGUUCCAUCGAUGUCUCCCACAGCAGUGACUAUAUCAACCAAUGGCAUCUAGUUAGUGUCUAUUCCAU